AUGUCUGUUCAAGCUGAAUUUAUUAGUAAUUCCGGCGUUACCAAUAUGAUGGAAUUGGUAUCCAAAGCAUGCUUGAAGCCAAUAACAAGUGAUCUUCUACGACGGAUAACCAAAUUUCAGAAGGCUGCUAAUCAGUCAAUAGUUGGAACGAGCAGGGGGAUUUUACACGUUGGUUAUCGAGGAGAAGAAUUGGAGGUCCCUUGGAGUAUUAGCGGCACCACUUUGAUGUGGAUGAUGUGUGUGUGU